AUGCGAGGCAUGCGGAGCAUGAGCUCCAGUGAUUUGUCGCUCCCCAGUCGACCACAUCGGACACUCGUAUCGCCACAUCAACGCCAUUCCAUUUCCAUCAAAUUGAAUCUAAACUGGGCGUUGCAUGUAGGUCGAGGGAAAGAAUGGAAGGCUCUGCAAGAUUCGUUUCAAAGAGUGCAAAAGAAAGGGGCUGCAUCAGAAGCGUGCAUUGUCUCGGGGCUAUCAGGCAUCGGAAAGACACAUUUUUGUCGGCAACUGAAACGAGACAUGAUGGAAUCCAAGGAAACUCCUCGUGGCUUUUUUGGAGAGGGGAAAUUUGACCAAUACCAGCAGCUGUCGGAUCCCUUUGCAGCCGUUGUUGAGGCAUUUUCGGAUAUUUGUAGCCAAAUCCUCAAAGACUUGGAACGGAGAGAGGAGAUCAGCAAGAAUAUUCAGGCAUCCUUGGGGUCCAGAACCGAUGUGAGACUGGCCAUGAAACUGAUUCCUCCCUUGGCAGAGAUUUUUGGCAAUAAUACAAUCUCAGUUGAUGGUCCCGUACUUGGCAAAUCAAUGACAAUACAACGGCAAACUGAUCGUGAAGAAAGGCCCCAACCAAGUGGAGGACACGAUGAAACCCUGGUUCGUCAGCAGCCAGUGUCAGCUAGUCACACCAUGGCCCUGUUCCGAUCAUUGCUCAAAGGGAUUGCCUCAUCGUCCUGCUAUGUCAUACUCUUCCUCGAUGACGUGCAGUGGUCUGACAUGGCUAGCCGGGAACUCGUGCAUGCCAUUCUCUCUGACUCUACAAUUCAAAAUGUGCUGCUACUGGCAGCUCGGAGAGACAGUGAGCGCACACAGCAGAACCCUAGCAGCUCCAAUCUCCCUACCAUGAUACCAGAGAACAAGAAAGAAGCGAACUAUAUCUCAUUGCACAAUCUCAGCGAGAGCCAAGUUACUGCACUUCUAGUCAGUCUAUUUGAAUGCCACCCCUCACACCAAAGCAAUGAGAGGGUGCAGCCACUCUCCAAACUCAUUCUGAAAAAGACUGGUGGUAACAUUUUCUACAUUGUGCAAUUGCUCGAGUUCUUGCAGCAGCAACAUUUGCUCUUUUAUGACACUCUGGACAAUGAAUGGACUUGGGAUUUGGCCGCCAUCACUCUGAAGGCCAAUGCCAGUGAGAAUGUUGUCCAAUUUCUCACACAAGUCAUUGAGAACAAUCUGCCAGGAGAAGUCAGAGCUGCCUUGGCAAUGGCAUCAUGCCUGGGGUUUGUCUUUCAUGUAAAAGUGCUCACAUUGGCUCUGCAAAUGACAGAAGACAGUGCCAGCUUCUUUGCCGAGCAUGCGACAACUUCUACUGACAACUGUGAGACUUCAAUGUUGUGUCAAAGAUUGCAGGACAGCUUACGGUAUGCCUCUGAAGAGGGGCUGAUUGAAUCAGUAUCAAAGGAUGGCAGCGUUUUCAAGUGGUCACACGACAAACUACUGGAGUGCUGCUACAGCAACAUGGCAGAGAGACAAGACAUUGAACUAUUGCAUCUUCAGAUUGGGAGGGCUAUGCAUCAGAAGCUCCUUUUGGAGGAGGCACAGGAUGAUAGCUUCUUGUUCCUAACAGUUGCACAAAUGAAUCGAGGAUCAGCCCGUAUAGAUCGAGGAUCAGCCCGUAUAGAUCAAACCAGCCACGAGCGCAUUGAUCUUGUAGAGCUAAACCUGAGAGCUGGUGAGAAGGCAAGGUCGCUAUCAGCAUUCCAGACUGCAUCUGAAUACCUGGCAAUUGCUCGAAGACUGGUUAUAGAGGAUGAUUGGAAGAAUGAGUUCGUCCUGACAUUGGAGCUCUACACCAUGUCAGCUGAGACAGAGUUUUCCUGCGGCAAUUACGACACGUUGAAGGAUUUGUUGGACCAAAUUGAGAGUCAUGGGCAGACUAUUGAGGAUAAGAUGAGAGCCUGGUAUCUUCGUGUGGCCAUGCUUGGGCAGAGCAGUCCCAGGGAAGGAUCCAAAGAAGCAUGUCGUGUGUUGGGUCUCUUGGGCCAGCCAAUGCCUUUCAGGCCAUCUGUGUUUCGUCUGGGGUAUGAAUUCUUUCAAGUCAGAGCCAUGGUAAACAAUUGCAAUGAAGAUGACCUGCUCAAUCUACCGACAAUGGAAGGGAAAAAAGACCGUGUCAUCAUGAAACUCCUGCAAUUCGUUGAUUACUUUGGAAGAAUGGACGAAAAUGAGAGUUUGAUGACCUUGAGUCACCUCAGGCAAAUGCAACACACUCUAAAAAAUGGCAUGAGUGACGGGGCGGGUGCAACCUAUGCGGUGUGGGGGAUUGUGAAAGGAAUGUUUGGUGAUGUCGAUGGGGCGUAUCGGUUUGGGCAAUUGGCAACCACGGUUGCUGAUAACUGGGAAGAGAGCCAGGGUGCCAUCCCAAAGGCUUAUGCAUCGGUAUAUACAUGCAUCAACCAUAUGAAGGAGCCUCUAGCACAUUCCGUGGACCCACUCUUGAUGGCAUACAGAGCUGGACUUGAGUCAGGAGAAGCUUACCAUGGUGGCUGCUGCAUGUCUGCCUACAUGGGCGUCUACAUUACAAUGGGCUUGCCAAUAGGCCCGUUGUUGGGAGAUAUGGAAAAGUUCAUUGGCCAACUCCAGGAGGGUGGUCAAGGCCAACUUGUCCGUUUCAUUCGUCCAAUGAAUGAAUUUGCACGGAUUUUGGCUGGAAAGCAGUCCUCUCCCUUGAUUAUUGAUGAAACGGACCUGCCCGUGUACCGAUCCACAGAUUCCAUCUGGUUGAUUUAUCUUCAAUACAUCCAAAAUGACAUUUGGGAAGCAAGAAACACGCUGCGCCGUGUCAUGAAAACCACCAAGGAACCAUUGUUUGAUGUAAUAUACAUGAGCUACCAUCUCAGGAUUGUUUCUGCCCUUAUCUGCUAUGGCAUCUACCGGUUGAAACCCAAGAGGAAAUACAUCAGAAUGGCUUCAAAGUUCAAGAAGUGGUUUCGAACAAAGGCACAGAAGGGUGAUAUCAAUGUCCCUGGUAUGCUUCAGCUGGUGGAGGCCGAAGAAGCAGCAACUCUGCAGCAUUCAACUACUGACCAAACACGCAAAAUAUUUGAUCAAGCCAUUCAAUCGCUGCGCCAAGGCAGCUUCACAGCAUUUGCCGCCAUCGCCAAUGAGAGGGCAGGCGAUGCCAUGGCUCGGUUUAACGACCCUUUCUGGAGAGACAACUACUACAGAAGUGCGAGGCUGCUGUACAAGGAGUGGGGGGCAACAACAAAAGCGGAGGAGAUGAAGGCAAAACUUGGAAAUGAAGAAAGCUCUGCACUAACACAAUCACAUGUGUUGACGGUGAGGGGGCGCAGCCGUUUUGAUGCUGUCAACAUUGAAAACUCGUUGGAGGGAACAUUUGUCUCUGAGAUGCAAAUAGAUUGA